AUCAGUUCCUGCAGUCGUGGAAGUGGUUUCGGCGAGAGUGGUUUCGAGUCGCGCGUGAUUGUUACCGAUCGUCUCAGCUUGGAUCUUUAGCGGGUGUGCUUCAGAUCAUCAUAUUUGUCUGUUUCUGUGUAGUGCCUCAGCUUCCAUAACAUUCAGGUUUUUAAUUGGCUUUCGCUGUGGUUAUUGUACGCUACGUUGCUGAUUAACAACAAGGCUCAACAUGUGGUCCCUGCUGAGCCUAUCGCUAGUGCUCAGUUUACUGAUUAGUCCUUCCAUUACACUGCCAAAUGGUGCUCCGGAGAAUGUCUGCAACUCAAUGCUGCCAUUCCACGGCGGAGGUAUUCCCCCGCUGCAGACGACCUCUCCAUUUCGGAUAACACCGGUGACAUCGGUCGUUGGAAGCGGCCAGGUGCUCAACAUAGACAUCGAAUCGUUCCCCGCCAAUGUUGUGUUCAAGGGCUUUAUGCUACAAGCCCGUAAUCGAUUCCCACCGAACCAGGUUGUUGGCCAUUUCGAGCUGACGGAUGAAAGUGCCGUGAAGUUGAUCAAUUGUGGUGGAGAGCGAACAACCGCUACCCAUACCAACACGCAACCAAAGAAGGAUCUAACCUUGGAGUGGAUUGCUCCGGCUGACUUCAAGGGAGAGAUCGUAUUUAACGGAACGAUCGCACAGGACUACGAUAAGUUCUGGGUGGGUCUGGUGUCUGCACCGGUUAAAGUAGUUGAAAGCGGCCAGAAUCCAACGUCGGUGGUAGGAAUAUCUACUACCAGGAGGCCACCGGUAACUACCGGUACACCGUCGUAUGUUGCACCAACAAGUGCCAGGAUCGAAAUAGUAGAUCCCAUUUACGAAGGAUGCGGAGUAAGCAAAGGAUGCUUUGGAUUUCCCGAGGGAUGCGUUGAAACCCGUAAUUGUCGGGCUGUCGUCGCUACCAUAGUUCAGGGAGAACGAUAUAUUUUCGAAAUGAAGUCAGGCUACAAUCGGCCAGCUUAUAUAGCAGUAGGAUUAUCCAAUGAUGCCAAGAUGGGUGACGAUUCCGUCAUUGAGUGCGUUCCGGAACAGGGUACCAUCAAGGCGUACUCUUCCUGGACCUUUGCUGGACCGUAUGGCGUUUCUCGUCAAGGAAUUGCACAAAACUUCAUUCAACUGAAACGUUCGACCUUCGAGGAUGGUGUUAUCUAUUGUCAGGUUGAGCGCGAUUCCAUGACGACUGUGAAAGGACAGAGGUUUGAUUUGAUCAAUGGAAAGUACCACCUGUUGCUGGCAACCGGAUCUUCUGCAGAUUCAACGCAUGUCUCUUAUCACGACAUCGGUCGUCAUGUGUCCGGUGUUCCAUUGGCUCUGGCUGAAGUUGGUCAUGUUCAGGGAUCGUCGAAACUUUUGCUGCGAUUGCACGGUGCAUUCAUGUUGACUGCCUGGAUCGGAACAGCUUCACUUGGUAUUCUGUUGGCGAGGUAUUUCCGUCAGACGUGGGUUGGCAGUCAGCUUUGCGGAAAGGAUCAGUGGUUUGCAUGGCACAGAUUCCUAAUGGUUAUUACCUGGUUGCUGACAAUGGCUGGAUUUGUUAUAAUCUUUGUUGAAAUUGGAGGCUGGUCGCAAGCUCAAAAUCCCCACGCCAUACUUGGAACAGUUACUACAGUACUGUGCUUCCUGCAACCGAUCGGUGCCUACUUUCGACCUCAUCCGGGUACCAAGCGAAGACCACUGUUCAACUGGCUCCACUGGCUGGGAGGCAAUGUGGCUCACAUUGUUGGAAUUGUUGCCAUAUUCUUUGCGGUUAAGCUGCAGAAAGCAGAGCUACCAGAAUGGUUGGACUUUAUUCUGGUUGCGUUCGUGGCAUUCCACGUGUUUAUGCAUUUGAUCUUCUCCGUUCUCUCUUGGAUACAGAUCGGUGGCUGCGUGAGCGAGCGGCGUAACAGUCAGCGUGUGACGUCCUUCCCGAUGGCAGAUAUGACUCCGUCCCGAACCUCGAUGAGCUCGGCCGAUCGCAAACAGGAUGCUGCCUUCUCUGGCUUCCGCAAAGUGAUGCUGUUCUUCUACAUUCUCAUCAUAGCAGCUUUCGUGAUUGCCCUGGUGGUCAUUGCCGUGUUGGCCCCGAUUGAGGAUGCCGUCGAGAGUAUUAAGAACCAGAUUAUGAACUAGAGAGUAUUAUCGUCAGACGUUGCUAGUUUAGUACCACAGAUUGUCACAGGAUUCGAUUUUGUUUCAUAUCAGAUAUUGUUAUAUUGUAUUUAGUGGUCAAGAUUGACGCUUGUCCCGGAAAGCUACACUUGUACAUUCUUACUAAUUCUUAUUCAACAAUUUCGUGUAGAUAGGUGUGUAUAAUUGAGUUAACUUGUAGCGAAGGUCCAAACCAUAACAAUCGCAUUUUCGUACGAGUUGCGAGUUCAGAACAUCGAUAAAUGGUUCGCAUGAUCCCAUGGUUGUAUAGUAUGGAAGUAAUGCUAAGCGAAGUUUAGUGUAUGAAUAACAGGUGUGUCAUCUUGUACAAAUUUACAUAUUUUGCUUGCUUUUCUCUACAACCAAGAAACUUAUUUAUUUACGAGCAAGAUGAGACAUUGCUGACCCUUUUUGAUAUAGAUUUUUUGUAUCAAUUAAUACGUUUUAAAAUAUUUUUUGUAUGUCAGUGAACCCCAACCAGAAUACCUUACUGAUUGAUCAAAGAAGAUGUUGAAUGUUCGUAUAUAAAAAUUCGUAAAUUAAAGGAAUAAUGUGUACGUCGAAUACAGUAAAAUAAACGUUGCCAUCCAGAUACUA